GCAGCAAGCAGCUAUUUGUAUUGACCAUCGAACGCUGCGCGCAACCAUCGAUAAUAUCCACGGCCAGGGAUCGACAUUUCAAGUACCUCACAAGCGCGCUCGUAGGAACCGUCGCAGCCAGCUUUUCAAACACCAGCGCGAGAGGCUUUGCACAGAAAAUCACGUCAAGCCCGCACGCAUCGGCGUCGCGACAUUCCGCCGUCCUGAGAUUCACCUGAUCCAUCCCACAAGACGAGCGGCAUCGGCCUGUCGAACAUGCAGACCGACAACGCGGACUCGGCCGCCGCGCCGACGGAAUCGCAACAGCAGCAGUCACAACCUCCCGCUUCGCAGCAACAGCAGCAGCAAGCAUCAACACAGCAGCCCGCAGCGGCUCCUGCCCAGGAUGCGGCGGCGCCGCCGCUGCCAGAAUCCAAGAUGCCCACGCGCAAGGACACGUCUCUGAAGGAAUUCCUCAACAAGAUGGAUGACUACGCGCCUAUCAUCCCCGACGCAGUCACAAACUACUACAUGACCAAAGCCGGCCUCCCGCCCCCGCCACACACGGACCCGCGGCUGGCGCGCCUGAUUGCGCUCGCCGUGCAGAAGUUUGUCGCCGACGUCGCCGCCGACGCGUACCAGUACAGCCGCAUCCGCGCGUCCAACACCAGCACCAACAACCCCAUGGGCAACCUCGGCGCGGCCGCGGGCAUUCCCAUGCCGGGCCAGGCGCCCGGCGGCUCGAGCAAGGACCAAGGCAAAGGCGGGCCGCUGGGUAUCCAGCGCGCGGGCUAUGGCGGUGGCGGGCAGGGCGGCAGCCAGAACCGGACGGUGCUGACGAUGGAGGACCUCGGCAUGGCGGUGGGCGAGUAUGGCGUGAAUGUCAAGAGGAGCGAGUUCUACCGGUGAGGCAAAGGCAGGUGAGCCCUGCAAGGGGCGCCGGCACACCGCUCUGGGUCGCUGGAGUUGUGGACUGGGAGACAGGAGUGCUUUGUCCCCAUUAUUAGUGGUGUUUUCGUGCGGAAUCUGAGCUCCGCGUGUGCUUUUUUGAUACGCAUUUUCUAAGAGGCUUGCAAUCAGGGGUUAGGCGCAUAUCAUGGCGUUUGGGGCCGCAUUAUGGCAUGAAUAUAUCAGAAUUAGGAAACCAAC